CAAACCACGCAAUUAAUGCCAACGCCUGAAGAUAUGUUUCACGAUGAGGUAGUUGUUUUGCUAGCAAAGCUGAAUGUUGUCAGUCCCAAGCAGUUCUCGAAACGGUGUGCCACGAUGUGGAAAGCAGUUCCUCCUAUUUUAAUCCUUACAGUAGGCAUAGCGCAUUACCUCAAAUACCAGCAAGGAGAUCCAGAAGUGCCAACGCUUCCAGAAACAUUUUGGGGACCAAAGGAAAAAGUCAGCAAAGAUGACACUAGUAUUAGAGAGUUUAAAAUCGAUAUUUCACAGAAGGUAAUAGACGACCUUCAUGAACGAUUGGAUAAAUAUUUCAAUACGGUAAAUUUGCGGCCAAAAACUGCACCAUUAGAAGAUGCUGAAUGGACGUAUGGAGUUAAUUUUCAAUACAUGCAAAAUGUACUUCGAUACUGGAGAGAUAAUUACAACUGGAAAAAAAGACAAGAAUUACUCAAUAAAUAUCCACAGUUCAAAACAACAAUUCAAGGAUUGGACAUUCAUUUUUAUCGAGUGAAACCAACUAUUCCAAAGAAUAAAAAAAUUAGAGUAUUACCUCUACUAAUGGUUCAUGGCUGGCCUGGAUCAGUAGUGGAAUUCCAAAAGAUUAUUCCAAUGUUGACAACGCCUCAAGAUGGGAAAGAUUUUGUUUUCGAAAUAAUUGCACCUUCUCUACCGGGUUAUGGCUUUUCGGAUCCAGCAGUUCGUCCUGGUCUUGGAGCUGCACAGGUUGCUGUGGUAUUUAAAAAUCUAAUGGCCCGAUUGGGUUACGAUAAAUUCUACACACAAGGAGGUGACUGGGGAAGUAUCAUUACUGCCUCAAUUGCUACACUUUAUCCCGAAAAAGUAACCGGUGUUCAUCUAAAUAUGUGCAGUAUAAGUUCGCCAUCGACGUUCUUUUGGACAUUUGUAGGAUCAUAUAUUCCUUCACUCGUUGUCGAAAAGGAACAUGAAUCCAAAAUGUAUCCCUUGAGUCACCAUUACAGUAGAUUGGUGGAGGAAAGUGGAUAUUUCCACAUUCAGGCAACAAAGCCAGACACUAUUGGUUCGGUUCUUUCGGACACUCCGGCUGGUUUAGCAGUUUAUAUUUUAGAGAAAUUCAGCACCUGGACGAAUCCUGAAUAUAGAUUCCGAGCCGAUGGUGGUUUACUGGAAAAAUACAAAAUGGAUGAGUUAUUGGAUAAUUUGAUGAUGUACUGGGUUACAAAUUCAAUAACAACUAGUCAAAGACUUUACGCUGAAAGUUUUAGUAAAGCUCACCUAGCCUUAGGAGUCGAUCGGCUGCCGCUCCAUAAACCAGUUGCUUGUGCGAUUUUCCCUUACGAAAUCGUCUAUCAAUCUAAAUCACUUCUCGAAGCGAGAUAUAAGAAUAUUAUUCAAUUCAAUCAUUAUCCACGUGGAGGACACUUUGCUGCCAUGGAGGAGCCACAAUUUGUUGCUGAUGAUGUUUGGUCUUUCGUUGAGAAAGUGGAAAAAAUGCUGAAAGAAGAAAAAUUAUCAAAGGCCAAAGAGGAAGCAAAAAAAAACAAGAAAAAAGAUAUUUAGAAAACCUUCAAUGGGUUUCAAUAAAAGAGCUGUGAAUGAUAGUUUUUUUUAAUUAAUGUUUUGUAAAAAGAACACCGCCGAUUAUCUCUAAUUAUUAUUAUUAUAUAAUUACCUAUUCCGGACAGUCAAAUUUCCGGUAUUUUUUUAUGAAGAAUUAUUCUUUUAUUUUUCAAUAAAUACGAAUUUUUUUGUAUAAUAGUCAA